AGAAAAGGCGCACAUUGAUUGGUCCUCUCCCACACACCUCCAAGGGCUCGCAACCGUUCGUCAUCGGCAUAAUUCGAACGACGGUCAACAAAUUCAUUAUCAAAGACACAGCUCGUUGAUUUCUGUCACUUGCAGUUGAUCGACUGCAGAUAAUACUUCGAAAAUCAACUGCAGCUGCUGAUAUACUCCACACAUCGAUAUGUUGAGCAGGCUUGGACGCCCAGCUUCACAGCUGUCUCAGAUGCUUGUCAAGGGGUCAAGGUCGCUCAGCCAGACUGCCCCAGCAAUUAACAAGGAGAUCAAGAUUGGCCCAAAGUCACAAGCUAUAUUUGAGAAAGAAUCGAAAUAUGGUGCCCAUAACUACGGCCCACUUCCUGUUGCCUUCAGCAGAGGAGAAGGUGUGUUUGUGUGGGACGUGGAGGGCAACAAGUACUACGACUUCCUGAGUGCAUACAGCGCCGUGAACCAGGGCCACUGUCACCCCAGGAUCGUCAAGGCCCUCAAGGACCAGGCGGACAUCUUGACUCUGUCAUCCAGGGCCUUCUACAACGACUGCCUGGGAGAAUAUGAAGAGUUCAUCACCAAACUCUUCAAGUAUGAUAAAGUCCUCCCCAUGAACACAGGCGUGGAAGGCGGGGAGACAGCCUGCAAGCUGGCCCGGAAGUGGGCGUACCUCGUCAAGGGGGUCCCCAACAACCAGGCUAGGAUCAUCUUCGCGGCAGGCAACUUCUGGGGACGGACCCUUGCUGCUGUCUCCAGCUCCACCGACCCCGACUGCUACAAAGGCUACGGCCCCUACAUGCCUGGCCUCUCCAUCGUCAACUACGACGAUAUUUCAGCUCUUGAGAAAGAGCUGCAGGACCCCAAUGUGUGUGCCUACAUGAUGGAGCCCAUCCAGGGGGAGGCGGGCGUGGUCGUGCCCCAGGAGGGGUACCUCAGGAAGGUGCGGGAACUCUGUACAAAGUACAACGUGCUGUGGAUAGCCGACGAGGUGCAGACGGGACUGGCCAGGACUGGAAAGCGUCUCGCUGUCGACCACGAGAAUGUCCGCCCUGACAUUGUCAUCCUGGGAAAGGCCCUCUCAGGAGGUGUGUUACCGGUGUCGGCUAUCCUUGCUGAUGAUGAGGUGAUGCUGACAAUCAAACCAGGGGAGCAUGGCUCAACAUUCGGCGGCAACCCCCUCGCAUGUAAAGUUGCAAUUGCAGCAUUACAGGUUCUGGAGGAGGAGAAGCUGGCUGACAAUGCUGAGAAGCUGGGGAAGAUCCUGAGAUCAGAGCUGGGCAAACUGCCCAAAGAUGUCGUCAGCAUCGUCAGAGGGAAGGGUCUACUGAAUGCAAUUGUUAUCAACAAGAAAUGGGAUGCUUGGAAUGUAUGCGUGAAGCUUCGUGAUAACGGACUCCUGGCCAAGCCCACGCAUGGCGACAUCAUCCGUUUUGCUCCGCCACUGACGAUCACAGAAUCCCAGUUGCAUGAGUGCAUUGAAAUCAUCAACAAAACAGUCCUGUCAUUCAAAUAAACAGCUGAUCAGUCAGUUUCAGCAUGUAUAUUACAUUGUUGAUAUAACUCAAUUCAAAUUUCAGACAGCUGACACAACUGCUGCUUUUAGGAAGCUGUUGUGUUGACAUUGCAGGUAGGGAAGUGUUUGAUGUUUGGAUGCAGUUUUAAUGGUGUUUUCUUUCGCUUUUUGGGGCUCUGCGAUUUGCUGUGCAGAGUUGCGUCUCUUGGGCACCCCAAAAACCUAUGAUUGUGGGUUCGAAUCCCGUUUCGCUCCGAUUAUGUUUCUUGGUUUGUCAGCACUAUACCUGUGAUCGUUAUUUACAGUGUGGUAAACGUCUGAGACCUGCAUUACUUCGGGCUUUCCUCCCACAUUAAGCUGACAUGCCGUGAUAUAACUUGAAUGCUAUUAAAAGCAGCGUUAAACCCAACUCAAUCACUCACUUUAGCUUUUGCUAUAUUUACAGAAAAUAUCAAUAUGCAUGAAUAUGGCCAACUACUAUUAGAACAUUAAUAUGAAUUGCUAACUUGAAAGAUAUAUCAAGAACCUCAAAUUCAAAUGUAGAUAUUGUAAGUAGAUGAUUUGUAAUUGAAAUAUCCUGACAACCGUUCUGCAAUGAACACAUUCACGUUUACAAUAAAUUACAAGUUGAAUUUAAUUUGGAAAAUAUUUUGAUGAAGAUAUAAGUAGAGGUAAUCAUGCAAGAGUGUUUGGGGAUGGUAAAUAUCCUGUAUUAGGAAUAAACAAUGUAUUUAGCGAGCCUUGGCAGAGGUCUACAAGCACAGAUAUGGAAACUGAACCCGCUUAGCUAGUGUUCUUGCACAACUGUUUCGCAAUUUAUAUCUCCAAAGCUGCCAAAAGUUGUAAAAUGCCUUAGCUAUGUCACAGUUGGACACUGAUUUUCAAUAUUUCAGACUAUUCUUUUGAUAAUGACAGCAAUUAUCCCAGUAGUUUCCCCGAUUCCCGAUGGUUAAUUCUUACUCGAUCGCCGAAUGACACGGGCGACGCCAUGUUUCUUAUAAACUCUGAAAGUAGUCCCUACUUGACCUUUGAUAUUUGCAUCUCUAUCAGUGUAUGAUCCCAAGGGAAAUAGUUUUUAUCCGUUGGCUUUAUCCUGCCGAGAAACCUACCCAUUAUUGGAUAAAUAUCAUGUGAAAAAAUCGGAUUCAGGUUCCAUUCCCGAUUCUCAAGCAGGGUUGUUUACUGUGAAUUUGAGGAGUGUUUGUUAAAGGCAACAGUGUAAAAGUGUUGGGAGUGUUAAAAGAGUGUUUAUAGGUGAUAAAAUGUGUUUCUAAUAGGGGAGUGACGCUUGAGUUUAUUUGUGAAAUCUAUGUUUUAUACUUGAGUGACUUGAUAAAUUAGUAAUAACUAGUGUUUGAUCUUUUUGUCAGUUUAUAUAUAAAGCAUGCUUUCAUUCCAGUUGAGACAGCUGUUUAUUGACAGGACUCCUUGUAAUAGAAGACUUCAGAUCACUCAUAUCAGUAGGACAAAGUUGUUAUGUAAGCUUAAUUUGCUUUGGCUUGACCAAAGACACUCCAUUACAGGAAUCUUUAUCUUCACUAUUUCGCCAGGCUUUUUUUAUUUUUAGGAUUAUGGAUAAGGGAUUAGGGAAAAAGAAAAGAAAAAAAAGACAGAAGCAUUUUUUUUAAUCCAGAAUGCCUCUGGCAUACUUUAUGAACACAUUCUGUGCUCAAAAGACCACCAUUUGUGACAAUAAAGCCCCUUGUAACAAUAAAAAUUCUACCACUUACAACACGGACAAUUGUCAAGGGAGGCUAUUCAUUUUCGGCUUUGAGAUCAACAAAGAUGGAUUAUGUAUCUCUUUACUAGUUUUCAAUGGUAAAUUCAGCGGCUAUCGGUGGGGAAAAAAAGUGGAAAUCUGAUUUUUGGAUUUGUUACAUUUUCUCAAAAAUUAGAGUCGGCGGGUCUGUAAUCCGAAAAAUAUAAAAUGCCUGGCCUAAGACAAUGUGUAUAUCAUCCAUGCAUAUCAUAUAAGGCCAUGAAGAGUUUAUUUUUGCUUAAUUAUUAUUUGUUGUUUAUCACAAAGUGCUUCAGCUUUCUGAAUAGUGUACUUACAACCCUGUAUUAUUAUUAACUUUUAUCAACUAAAGGGUAAAACACGCUCUCGUGGGACAGGGUCGAAUGUGUACUUUUAAAAACGUGAAGGACCGCCGGAUUCUUUCAUGUUAUUAAACUAUAGCAAUAUGAAGGAAUGUGGUUGUCCUUCCUGAUAUCACAUCCAGAUAUAUAUUGUUCACAUAACUUUAUGAUUAAACUUUGGAAGUUUGGAUUCUUUUCCAAGUUAACAAAUAAUUAUUUUAUUUGGGUAAAAAUGUGUUUCAAGACUGAAAGACUGUUCUAGAACCAAUAAGGAAUUUUCUAUUUUUGAACAUUAAAUUGUUCGUUCUGUGAAAUGACUGGAAGGUCAAAGUUUAGUUUAUUCAAACGUGGACUCCAACUUUGUGUCUCCACUCUCUUCAGUUGUGUUUUUUUCAGCAUGUAUCGUGCCAUUUUUUAAGUAAUUGGUGUUGAUUUAUUAUGACCUAUUUUCCAUGUAUUCUCUUGUUAAUGUAUAUUUCCCUUCAGACCAAGGGAUCAGAACAAUUGUUUUUCUGGUUUUUGCAGAUGAAGCUGCCUUAAAUUUUGCAAAAUUAAAGAACAUUGACAAAUAUGUAGACAUAAUUUUUUUAGGGCACAAUCCUAAAUUUUUCUUUUUGCAUCUUGGCAUGCUGACAAGAAAAUAUGUAAAACUAGAAAAAAUAAAUAAAUCGAUCUUACCUCAUGUUUAAUAUAUUGUGUGGGAUAGCUCUUGAUCUAUCACUGUUUUGAAUCUCCAACAUUUGCAAACAGUAUUGACAGUUUUAUUCACGUUGUUUUGAAAUAUUUAUAUUUCAAAGGAUAGCCAAAGUUUGUUAUUGUUUUCAUUGCCUACCAUGGACAUGUUUUUUUCUUCAUACUAAUAUACCAGGGAUUAUUUUGGGGUUGGUAAUUGGUUUUAAAUGGGGAGUUUUUUUGUUUUUUGACAACAUUGAGUAAUCUCUAUUGACAGCGUUUGAAGAAAACUGAUGAAACACAUUUCUUGAGAACAAGUUGUUUUACUUGAGAAUAAAAUCUCCAUCCUAUAUGGAGUAUUGAUCCAGCAUUGGUGUUUUUGUCUACCAUCAUCAGUUUCCAUCAGUAUCAUUUUGCCAAUGUACCUUAUGUAUAGACAAAUAACAUCAUAACAUAAUAAUAGUUGUAUUUUAGUUGUUAAUUAUCUUUUCUUAUUGAUACUAGUCACUUUGGCCUCAUGCAUUUAGUGCUGCAAUUGGGGCUGGCUAUCAAUGUUUGGUUUUUUAUGGUUGUCCAAAUAUUUGAAAAUCUAUUCAAAAUAUUAUCAACGAUAAUAACUUAGAUUUACGCUCCCCAUUUCUUUGAAGGAGAAUUUAGAAUCCAGUGGAAGAAUCCAUUUGUUUUACUAUGUUGAUCUAUCACAUUCAUUAGCUUACUUGAGGUUACCAUAUCAGAAGAAAUCCACAAUGGAUAAUUUGGAUGGUCAACAUCAUAUGAUUUACAUAUUUACAAUAUGUAUCAUUUCAAAAUGAAUAAAUUCCACAUAUCAUUUUCA